AUGCGCAAGCCUGGUCGUCCCCACCUCCUCCGCUGGUACAACCAGGUCGAGUCGCUUCCUAUCCUGAAGAAGCUGCUCGAGUCGUUCACCAAGGCCCGCUCGGACGCCGACAAGGCCAGGAAGAACAAGCGCACCGAGCACAUUGAGGCCGAGCUCCCCAACGCUGUCCCCGGCAAGGUUGUUGUUCGAUUCGCCCCCGAGCCCUCGGGAUACCUGCACAUCGGUCACCUCAAGGCGGCCAUCCUGAACCGCUUCUUCGCCGACAAGUACAACGGCAAGUACAUUCUCCGUUUCGACGACACCAACCCGACCAAGGAGGAGGGCGAGUUCGAGGACGCCAUCAAGGAGGACCUGGCCAUGAUCGAGGUCUCGUUCGACAAGGUCGUCCACACCUCGGACCACUUUGACAAGAUCCGCGAGUACACCGAGAAGCUCAUCCAGCAGGGUGACGCCUUCAUGGACGACACGGACGCCGAGCUCGUCAAGGAGCAGCGCCGUGCCCUCGUCCCCUCCAAGAACCGCGACGCCUCGAUCGAGGACAACCUCAAGCGCUUCCACGAGAUGUGCGAGGGCACCCCCGAGGGCCAGAAGUGGUCGCUCCGUGCCAAGAUUGACUACACCCACAAGAACGGCACCAUGCGCGACCCCGUCAUCUACCGUUACGUCGGCGGCAGCCACCACAUCACCGGCGACAAGUACAAGGCGUACCCCAUGUACGACCUCGCGUGCCCGCUCAUUGACCACAUUGACGGCGUCACCCACGCCCUCCGUGCCAAUGAGUACGCGGCCCGCCACGAGCAGUACGCCUGGUUCCUCCAGAAGCUCGGCCUGCCCAACAUUGAGAUCUUUGACUUCUCGCGUAUCGACUUUGUGUACACUGUUCUGUCGAAGCGCAAGCUCAAGUACCUCGUUGACCAGGGUGUUGUUUCCGGCUGGGGCGACCCCCGUUUCCCCACUGUCCGUGGCAUCCGCUCGCGCGGUAUGACCGUCAAGGGUCUCAAGGACUACAUUGUCGGCCAGGGUGCGUCGCAGCAGAUGCUCCAGCUCGAGUGGGACGGUAUCUGGAACGUCAACAAGCGUGUCAUCGACCCCAUUGCUCCCCGCUACUGGGCCAUUGCCGAGGAGAAGAUGGUCCCUGUCGAGGUCAUUGGCGGCCCCGCCAAGGAGGAGGUCGUCAAGAAGCCCCUGCACAAGAAGGACCCCAAGAUCGGCGAGAAGGACCUCGUCCUCUCGAGCCACCUGAUCAUGGAGCAGGCCGAUGCCAAGUCGUUUGGCGACAACGAGGAGAUCACGGCCAUGGACUGGGGCAACGUCAUCGUCACUGAGAAGAAGGUCGACGCCGCCGGCGACGUCGAGUCGCUCAAGGUCAAGCUCCACCUCGAGGGCGACUUCAAAAAGACGUCCAAGAAGGUCACCUGGCUCUCGGCCCCGACCAAGGAGCACCCGCUCACCCCCGUCGUGCUGAUCGAGUACGACUACCUGAUCACGAAGAAGAAGCUCGAGGAGGACGACAACCUCACCGACGUCAUCAACCCCAAGACCGAGUACCGCGUCAACGCGCUCGCGUCGGCCGAGGUCGCGCAGCUCAAGAAGUGGGACAUUAUCCAGUUCGAGCGCAAGGGCUUCUACAUCUACCAGGGCGAGAAGGACGCAGAGGGCCGCAUGCAGUUCGGCUACAUCCCCGACGGACGUGCCGAGUCCAUCGCCCUCAAGGCCAAGCCGGCCGCCGUCAGCGCCGCCCCCAAGGACAAGUCCGCCCCCAAGGGAUCCUGGGGCAAGCCCGGCGCCAAGAAGGCCGCCCCCGCCCCCGCUGCCGCUGCUGCUGCCGACGGCACCAAGACGGUCCUCUCGGACGCUACGGAGGGGUUUGAGAUCCCCAUCAAGACCAAGAUGUUCGAGUCGGACCGCAUCUACGGAAACGACGGCGUCCACCCCGAGCCCAAGGUCAACAUGUUCAAGAGCACCCCGGUCUACGAGCAGUAA